AUGUCUUCAUUUAAAAAAAGUAGUGAAUUUGAGUAUCCAAUCUUGCGGACGCGAAUUGAAGUCAAACGCCAGGAUGGAUUUGUUAAUGCAGCUCGAGAACUCUCUAAUGACUCAAUACCCAUAAUAGAAUUAAAAACACAGAAACGAGAAGAUCUGGACGUGAAGAGUUUCGAUGAUGGAAAUAAGAAAGAAAACAAUGAGGACGUGAGCAUGGCUCGUUCAUCUUUAUGUUCUUGUCAUAUUGGAAAUCAGUGUUGUUGCGAAUGUCCAAAUUUUCUGGAACUGAUGAUGGGAACUGCAUCUUGGAAACCCGAAAAGCUUUACGUUUUUCAUUGCAAUGAUUGCGGUGGUACGACAGUGCGAGAAAUUCAAUGUUUCCAUAUUGAUCAAAGGCCUAAGCUUUCAUUUUCGAGGAAUCCAAUGCAACACGAAUGGCAGUGCUAUCAUUGUGGUUUCCUGAAUUCCGAUUCUAGCACAGCCUUAAAUCAUGAAAAUAUUAAUUUGCUUGGUGAUGAUAAUUUAGAUAUCUGGAGUCAAACAGCUUACAGUGUAUCGAACACUUCAAUUUCUACUUCUAUAUCCGAUCUCUGCAAAUACUUUGCUCUUUCCUCUUCUUAUCAAUUCCAGAAAUGUCAUUUUUCAAUACGAUCGAACUCAAUACAACAUAGCAAGAAAUGCAAUGAAAACUUUAGAAAAUGUACGGAAAAUGAUGAAUGUAGUUGUUUGCUAAUAGACGAAUCUCAAACAGGAUCAUCAUUAACGGAUGGGUCAGAAGUUGAAAUGGAAACAGUAAAAUGGAUGACAACUCAAAAAGCAUCAAUUGUCAGAUCAGCUCGUGCUGAUACUGCAAUAACAUCAUUCAAAACUUCACCUAAACGGAAAAAUUUAUUGUCGUGUUCAAUAUCAACUGAGAGAAGCGAAGGUUUGCAAGCGACAAAAUAUAAGACAGAGCCAAAAAUGAAAUUGUUACGUACAGCGAAAUUGACGACGAAUUCAAUACAAAGUAAUAAUUUUAAAGAAGUGAAAACUGAUCACGAGAAUCUGGAGUGCAAUAAGGAAACAGAAAGAGCAGCCCCGGCUGAUCCCUCAGAAACUGCUGUUGAGUUAAAAUGUGAAGUAGUGGGACCAAGCAAAAAGAUUUUGAAAACAGUGAAACAAAUAAAUGAAACGGAUUGGAGAACAACCUCGGAGAAGACAACAAUGGUUUCCGUAUGUGCGGUCAGAGACACUGCAAGACAUAAUGAUCGUUACGUGGAUAUGGAUGUUGUAAAAAGUAGUUCGGAGGAGAAAAUUGUUGAACAUACUGACACCUUAGGUUUGAAAGGCACAACUCAUAAUUUUUCGAUCAACAACAACAAUGUUUUUUUCACAAAGUCGACAUUUGCCUCUACCGGUAAUUUAUCAUCGCCAACCUAUCACACCUCAAAGUCCAACCUUCCAAUCGCUGCUAUUCCAAUAGUUACUGCAACAUCUCCACGACGAUAUCUUGUGCUGCAAUCAACAACGAAUAGUUCCAGAAACACUCCGUCAUCCUAUCAUUAUCGGACAUCGAUGUACUCAAAAUUAAAUACAGCUUCGAAAAGAUCUCAACACAGCUCACCAUACAUGGCUCUAACUAUUUCGUCAGCUAUGAAAAUAAAGCAAAUAAUAAAACGGUCGGAACCGUCGUUAUGGACCUCUCGUCGACAAUAUUCAAUUUCAGGAAGGUCACAUACUGCAUCUUUUUUUGUGCCAUUGAGAAACAGAGAGAGUCAUCGAUCAAAAUUACGUUUUUGGCAUCGAGAGACAUCACAGUCACCAAAAAUAUAUCACAAAAAACGUCUCGUCAACAGUACUAAGGCAGGAUUACUUACCACGAAAUGCGGUAGAACAAAUGAAUCGAAUCUUCAAAAUUUGCAGCGAACAUCACCGCAGUCAUUAUCGAGAGUUGCUUGCCGCCUCCCGCACUGCGGUGGAUUGUAUCACAAAUAUUUAAAACCACUAUUUUGGGAUCCAAUAACAUCAAGAAAUGACAGAAUGUUGCGGAGGGAACGGAAGGAACGUUUUAUGAAGGAAGUUGGAAUAAAGGAUUCAACGAUAAAUAUCAAAAACGCACAGAUUGAAACAUCACUGCAUUUGAAACAGACUGAAUUGCAGUUAUCAUUAAAAAAUUCACAACAGAAGGAAACUUCUCGACUUCAUCUUGGCAGAGAUUAUUUGCAACAACAAGAUCAGGUAAAUAAUAACGCUCCAACACCUAGUCUUAGUACAACCCAAAUUAAGACACCACAUGGUUGGCAGCGAACAUUUUUGAACGUAUCAUGCGAGAAGACUUCACGCCUUGAUCGCUUUACGCCACAAUUUGUGGAGACUGUUUCUGCACAGGUAUGGAUAACCGAAUCAUUACAAGGAACUGCACCGUUACGACAAAUGCUACCAUCAAAGCUCUCCAAAUAUAACAUUUGGCAAUGGAUUUCUUUUCAUUCAUCUCAGAAAAUCACUCGUUUCAAACGUUUUUGGAGACCGGAAAUGAAUGAUAUGAAACCGGCUUUGCAGCUAUCUCAAUGUAUUUCACGAUUGGAAAAAUCUGCAAAUAAAUUUAGCUUAACAGAACCACGAAUAUCUCGAGGAAUAAUUUGGAAACAAACAGUUUCCAAAUCAUUGCCGAAAGUUUCACGAGUUAACCGUUUUCCAGUUCCUGAAAAUUCAAUAUCAAAGAUCUCUCAAGGAAGUUUUCGUUUCAAACAAUCUGAAGAAGUUCCACUGGAUUUCCUUUCAAUAAAAACACCGCUGUCAAAUGCUUUAACUUCUUGUGCCACUUUACCAAUCCGACAACAAAGAGGUUCAUCCUAUGAGCAAGCAAAACCAAUUCAUCUAUCAAAAGUUUCUAACAAAAGCAGUCUUUCAUCUCUUCAUUUAAAUAUAUUCAAUACCAUCAAUUUUAAUAAAGCUAGAGAAGGAAGGGAUAGAGAAAUAUCGGACAGUGCAGAAAUUAGACAAAUACAACCAGUAUCACACUUAGAUCGAACAAGAGGACAGUAUUUUGAUGAUUCGUCUUUUAACCGUAUUGCUCAUCGAAUAACAAAACAGGACGAUAUCGGAGAAAUUUCGGGGGAUUUAGAAAUGCAAACAGCAAUCGCUAAAGAAACCGUUCCACAUGUUGCUUCGAUUCUGUUGCAUGGAACAAAUUCAGAAUAUAUGGCACCCAGCAACAUCGUUUCAAGUUAUCGUGAAAUACAUAUGGCAUUGCAAAGCAAAUUUCAACCGAUGAAGCUCUGUUUGAAUGGAAUUACAACAUCAGAGAAAGUUUGCGUUCAACGAAUUAUCGUAAAUGGUAGCAAAGUGUAUCACAAAUAA